AUGGCUGACGAAAGUGCGCCCCCAAUAAAUUUUGGCAAGAAGAAAAAGAAGCCGAAGACCGCUUUAGUUGUUGAAGAAACCGCUGAUUCUGUCGCUGCCAAGCCUACUCCAGAAGUAGAAAAAUUACCCGAGGACUUUAACGAUACCGCUUUCUUCGGCCAAAAGCGCAAAAAGAAGCCAAUCUUAGAUGUCCUCCAAACAGAGAGUGAAGCCGCAGUUUCUGCUGCUCGUGAGGAAUUGCAGUCUUUUACACUAAAUGAUGGUGAUGGUUCUACUGCUGCUGGUGGUGGUGGUGAGGCCGAAUCCGCUCCGGCUCUCCUCUAUACCUACGAGGAGCUUUUGCACAGAAUUUUCGACCAACUCAUUGCCAAUAAUCCCGAACUGGCAACUGAUGCUCCGAAGAAGCUCAAAAUGCCGCCACCUCUCAUGGCUCGUGUUGGCACCAAAAAGACCCAAUUUACCAAUUUUACUAUUAUCUGCAAGUCAUUCAAUCGUGAUCCCGCUCAUCUCUCUGCUUUCUUCUUUGCCGAGUUGGGAACCACCGGUUCUAUUGAUUCUAAUGGAGCUCUAAUUAUUCGUGGAAAGUACAUGUCGAAGCAUAUUGAACCUCUCCUGCAAAGUUAUGCUCGACAUUAUGUGAAGUGCAGUACCUGCGGUUCGCAUGACACCUACCUAUCUAAGGACGCUCGUCUUCUCUUCCUGAUCUGCAGGAAAUGCAGUUCUAAGGUGACUGUGAAAAACGUCACUUCAGGUUUCCAGGCUGUUACCGACAAACGUGCGGCUAUUCGUGCCAAGGCCCAAUAA